AUGGGACACAUAGUUCAACACGCGACCUCCCUCUGCCCGUACAGUUUUCGAAUGGCUACCGUGGUUGAGGUUAGCUUUCGUGUGUUUACCCCAAUUGCGCUUAAAGCCGGACCCAUUUUAAUGACCUCGAGUUCGGGAACCGCAACAAACGGUCCUAAAGACCCCCGGGCAGCUGAUGGACACCCUGCAGGUAUCCGAGAUCUCCAGGGAGCGUGGCUGUUUUCCAAUAAAAAUCCAUAG